AGGAACUUAUGACCCGUUUGCGGGAACUUAUGCAUAUUAAUGUGGUUUUAAUGGCCCGUUUGCGGGAACUCGAAGCCCAUUGAAGCCAUUUGUCAACAUCAAUUCGAGCCUCUCUCUUCUUUAGGUGGUAGAAAAAAGUGGGUUUCUUCACCGUGUUCCAUUGUGAUUGAUGAAACUAUGGUCUAGUAUAAACUAGUGGAGCCAGAGCAGCUUCUGUCCCUGCCUAGGGGGAGACAUGUCGCUACCCAUAUCGUGAAGGUAAUACUAUUUUUACAUACAUAAGCAAUUGAUGAUCAUUUAAUACAUGUGCUUACCUUUACUAUUUUUGGUCCUGUUUUCUCUCUGCCAGUAAAGUGUUAUCAGUUAGUUAAUGAAUAUUUUGGACGUUCACGGAUCAUUAUUUAUCCUAUGUCCAUCAUCCAAAUCAGGGAUCCUUCAAAGUUACAUGGCAUUUAUUUUCUACUAAUAUAUUUCUGUGAAGAAUCAUUAGAGUGAUGAAUACAUGGCAAUAAGGAAAAAAGAUAGAAACGCGCGAUUAAACGAUUGAAAAAGGAAGAACGUUUACAUGGCGUUGGAAUAAGUAUAACGGAAAAAAACGUCAUCACACACCAACUUCGGGAAACAGAAAUAAAAUAACAGUAGGAUAUGAGUGUGUAGUACGUCCAUGGUCAAGGGAGCGAGGAAGAAUUUAAAAUGAAGAAAGUAGGGACGCAAAUGUUGUGUUGUUGUGUGUGAGAAGUGAGAGCCCAGAAGCAAGCCGUGCCACUUUCGCAGUAUAUAGUAAUAAAAUUAGGGACUGGUGGAUCAAUGUGCAGAGAUCCGGCAUGAAAUGAUCAAACUGCAUUUACUUCUCAUUUAAUGCCUACACCUACGCUCUGUCCAUACAUAGAAACAGCAGUUUGUGCCAUUCAAUGCUCUCUCUCUCUCGCCCCGUUUUCUUGCCUGCAACAGCAAUGGUCUGCAACCACAACUACCUUCUCCGACCCAUCUUUCUCUUUGAGUUCCUUUCAAUCAAUCCACCUCUCCGCCUUCAUACCAUGCAACUUAAUGAAGACUCCACAAAAUCUGAAUGUGUAUAGGGAUCCAAUUGAUGAUCCAGAUAAUGUCCAUUUCUGUAUUCUUUUCAGAAUCGUUGAAAUUACUGGAGAUUUUCUGAUGGUACGUUUUCUUUUGACACUGAAGUGAGAAGCAUGGUUUUCUCAUCUGGAUUGCAUUCUAAACUGGGUUUCUUAGUGAGCAGUAUAUACCGUCGGUGAAGGUUCCACCUCUUCUAUAGCAUGGGAUUCUCCGUAAGACAUCUCUUGAUCUCUUUUCUGAAUGCGAACCCAUGGCCACCUCGGACUUUCUUUGCUCUUUCAGUUUUUUUAUCGUGUUCAUGCUGGUCUGUUUGGGGUCUGGGUUCCAUGUCUUCCAUUGCUAUCUCUUACGGUGAAAAAGGUUCUGUCUUUUGUGGUCUGAGAUCAGAUGGGUCUCAUACUGUGAACUGUUACGGAUCAAACUCAGCCAUAGUCUAUGGAAUACCAACCCAUUUCCCACUUCUGGGUCUAACAGCAGGUGAUGGCUUUGUUUGCGGACUCCUAAUGGAUACUUUCCAACCUUACUGUUGGGGUAGCAGUGGCUAUAUCGAAAUGGGAGUUCCGCAGCCUAUGACGAAAGGAGCAGAGUAUCUAGAAAUCAGUGCCGGAGAUUAUCAUGUUUGUGGAUUGAGGAAACCCUUGACCGGAAGACAUAGAAACAUUUCUCUUGUCGAUUGUUGGGGUUACAACAUGACCCAAAACUAUGUUUUUGAUGGCCAGAUUCAAUCCAUCUCGGCAGGCUCUGAAUUCAACUGUGGUUUAUUUUCCCAGAACAGAACCGUAUUCUGCUGGGGCGAUGAUACUAGCAGCAGAGUAAUCAGUUUAGUUCCUAAAGAUAAGAAGUUCCAGAAGAUUUCUGCAGGGGGGUUUCAUGUGUGUGGAAUUUUAGAAGGGGUGAAUUCCAGAACUAUAUGCUGGGGAAGGAGCUUGAGCAUUGAGGAAGAAAUUGUGGUGAAACGUUCUGGUCAAGGCAACGUUGAUUUGGCUCCAAAUGAACCUAUGCUCUCUGUUGUGGGAGGAAGAUUUCAUGCUUGUGGCAUCAAAACUUAUGAUCAUGGGGUGAUUUGCUGGGGUUUUACUAUCAAGGGAAGCACCCCAGUUCCUAGUGGGAUUAAGGUAUUCGAGAUUGCUGCUGGAAAUUAUUUUACUUGUGGAAUACUUGCUCAGAGAUCUCUUCUUCCUUCCUGUUGGGGUGUUGGCUUCCCUACUUCUCUACCAUUUGCUGUCUCUCCUGGACUAUGCCAGCCUAAUCCAUGUCCUCCUGGUUUCUAUGAAGUUGAACAGCAAAACGGUCUUUGCAAGUCCUCGGAAUCUCACUUUUGCAUGCCAUGCAGCGGAGCUUGUCCUGCUGACAUGUGCCAGAAAAGUGAGUGCAAUUCUACAUCCGACAGACGAUGUGAAUACAAUUGUUCUAAUUGUUCCUCCCCUGAAUGCUUCUUCAAUUGCUCUUCUUCAGAUUCCAAUGCUACCAUGGGAAAGAAAGAUGAGAAAUUUUGGUCUUUGCAGUUGCCAGUGAUGAUUGCCGAGAUUGCUUUUGCUGUCUUCUUUGUCAGUCUUGUGACCUUAACUUCUGUUUUAUAUGUUCGGUACAAGCUACGGGGGUGCCAGUGUUCCAUAGAAGGACCAAACGUGAAGAAACUUCAAGGUAGCAAUUCUUCCCUCCAAAAAGAGAACAGCAAGAUCGGUCCAGAUCUAGAGGAGCUCAAGAUAAGGAGGGCUCAAACAUUUACAUAUGAGGAACUUGAAAGAGCAACGGGUGGGUUCAAAGAAGAAUCCCUCGUUGGUAAAGGAAGCUUUUCGUGUGUAUUCAAAGGAGUACUGAAAGAUGGGACUGCUGUAGCAGUUAAAAGGGCCAUAAUGUCUCCCAACAUGCAGAAGAAUUCCAAGGAGUUUCAUACAGAACUUGACUUACUUUCCAGGUUGAACCAUGCCCAUUUACUCAACCUGCUAGGGUACUGCGAAGAAGGUGGAGAAAGGCUUCUUGUUUAUGAGUUCAUGGCACAUGGCUCUUUGCACCAACAUCUCCAUGGGAAAAACAAGGCUUCCAAAGAGCAGUUGGAUUGGGUUAGAAGGGUGACAAUUGCAGUUCAAGCAGCUAGAGGAAUUGAAUAUUUACAUGGCUAUGCCUGCCCACCUGUGAUUCACAGAGACAUCAAAUCUUCAAACAUCCUCAUUGAUGAAGAACACAAUGCUAGAGUUUCUGAUUUUGGCUUGUCAUUACUGGGUCCUGCGGAUAGUAGCUCCCCUUUGGCUGAACUACCUGCCGGGACGCUUGGCUAUCUUGAUCCUGAAUAUUACAGACUCCACUAUCUUACCACAAAAUCUGAUGUAUAUAGCUUUGGCGUGCUGCUCUUGGAAAUUCUGAGCGGCAGAAAAGCCAUUGACAUGCAAUACGAAGAAGGUAACAUAGUUGAAUGGGCAGUGCCUUUGAUCAAGGCAGGAGAUGUCACUGCAAUUUUAGACCCCGUCCUAAAACAGCCGCCUAAUCUCGAAGCCUUGAAAAGGAUCGCAAACGUGGCCUGUAAAUGCGUGAGGAUGAGAGGGAAAGAGAGGCCAUCAAUGGACAAAGUGACAACUGCUUUGGAGCGAGCCCUUGCGCAGCUAAUGGGUAGCCCAAGCAACGAGCAGCCAAUUUUGCCGACCGAGGUGGUGUUGGGAAGUAACAGAUUACACAAGAAAUCGUCUCAAAGAUCCUCCAACAAGUCAGCUUCAGAAACGGACGUGGGAGAAGCUGAGGAUCAAGGUUUCGAGUUCAGAGCACCAUCGUGGAUAACUUUUCCAAGUGUUGCUUCUUCUCAGAGAAGGAAGUCGUCGGUGUCGGAGGGGGAUGUGGAUGGGAAGAACCCAGAAGUGAAGAACUUAGGAAACGUGGGUGGUGGUGACGUUUUGAGGAGUCUUGAAGAAGAGAUUGGACCUGCUUCGCCUCAAGAGAGGCUGUUUUUGCAGCACAACUUCUGAGACGAAGGAGGGACAAAACUUUUGAGAUUCAAUUCUCAAUUGCCAAGCACAUCGUGUGUAUAUGGUGUCUGUAUCCGGGUCGUUGUUGUUGGUAAUUCUCAAUUACUUUUCAUUUACAUAGAUCAUGGGAUGAGACGCUGCAAAAAGUAAAAACUUGACGUUAAUUGAGUAUU